AUGGCGGCGAUACAGCCGGGAGCUGCAGCUGCCGGAGGCGUUCGCGGGAAUGCCAAUAUUCCCGGUCUGCAACAGUGGAUCAUGGAGAUUCCUCCUGUCACCCGAGCUUGGAUCAUCGGUAGCGUGGCUAUCAGUAUGGCGGUACAAUGUAAAUACGUCGCACCGCUGCAGCUCUACUUUUCGUACAAGUCGGCUUUCCAGAACCAUCAACCCUGGCGACUGGUGACGGCUUUCCUAUACUUCGGACCGGUCACCCUGGAUCUAGCCUUUCAUCUGUUCUUUAUCAUGAGGUAUUCGAGACUAUUAGAGGAAAACAACUUUGCCGGCAAAAAAGCGGAUUACCUUUGUCUGCUGAUCUUUAACGCUAGCAUCCUGCUCGUGAUAUCUCCACUUUUGACAUUACCGUUCUUGUCGGCUUCAUUAGCCUUUUCUUUGGUAUACAUCUGGUCGAGGAGGAAUCCGUCGCAGAGGCUGAAUAUCUUGGGGUUGGUCAAUAUCACCGCCCCGCACCUUCCUUACUUCUUGAUGGGAUUCUCGUACUUUAUGUACGGAGGUUGGGACGCGUGCAUGGGGGAUGCGGUUGGGGCAGUCGCAGGUCACAUAUAUUACUUUCUGAUGGAUGUUUGGCCUCGCGAAAUGUGGUACCCGGGCGCGAGCAAGGUGGAAAAGGGAAACGUUGAGGGUCCGAUCAAGGCACCGCGGUGGAUGUAA